UCUCUUGUGCUGCGUUCUGCGCAUGUCAUGUGUGAGUCAAGCGGAAUCGCUCACAAGCUUGUUCACACACUUCACAGCCCAGCGCACAAUACAAUUUAUCCAAAGAUGUUAUGUCUCCGACAAUUUUAUUCAACUCGAUCUUCAAAUAAUAUACCAAUAGAGAUGAACCAUUCAUCCAGAACAGCACGUGAUCACGAGCAAGGUAUAAAGCUCCAGAUGUCUUAAGAAGAUGUUAGUGGAUAAGAGGACCGGAGCAGGAUCUCAGCCUCAUGAAACCCAGCUUGUGACACCUGUCUGAGACAGACAUCCUCUACGCUCCCGAGUGUGGACAAUAUGCUAUCACUGGAUUAUCAUGUGUAUCAGGCUAAAACUGAGCCUACUGUUAAUACAACCUGUGCUUCCCCUACGGACAACAACACAGUCACAACCAGGCUCAAAAACAAUGACCUCAACACAGAGAACCCCAUCACUGACACACAUUUGAAUCCUAACUCUGACACAGACACUAUGGCUGUUCCAGUUUCAGAUAUGAGAGUUACCAAAGAGGCUGAUCCCAAUGCAGUCAAGAGACAGCGGACCAGACAGGAAGAUGAGGAGUCGUGCCCACCAUCUAGUAUGCCGCCGGGCUGGGUGAGAGUAGUGAGACGGAGGAAAAGUGGGAAGACUGCAGGCAAAAUGGACAUCUAUAUAACAAGUCCCCAGGGACAGAGGUUCCGGUCCAGGGCGUCUCUUCAAGCUUUCCUUCUCAGAGAUGCAGGAGGGGAUCUACAGAUAGAUGACUUUGACUUCACCAAAGCCAAGAGUGGCAGUGUAGCUGUGACUCCGCUGCCAAGCCAGGAGAGACAGAGGAAAGUUAAUCAGAAACACACACGUCAUAUCUCAGAGGCCAAUAUCAAAGAAGACCGGCAGAACACAGAGGAGAAUAUGGAAGAGGGUAGAAUAUUAAGCCUGCCUCCAAAUAACACAAAAAUAGCCAAUUCCGCAAAAUCCUGCAAGCAGAGGACCAGACCCAGAGACAAGAGAACGAUAAUAACUCAUCUGAGGCCUGACAUGCCUCACCUGGCAAGGGGGAAUCACAGACCGGCAGCUGGGAGAGGCACAGAAACGGGCCAACCAUCAGACACAAAUGAAGACAUCAAAGAGACAAACAUACAAGCCUCUGUGAGAAGGGGUGAGGAUGAUGAGACUGAGAGGCGUCUGAAGGUCGUGGCGGUAGUUGACGAUGUCAUACUGGAGAAGAGCCCCCAGAGGAGGCCGGGGCUGCUGAGAGAAAAGCUGCUCAGGCUGGCCCCGCCCACUGAUCUACAAGAUGCUCUCUUUGGUCAAGAAGAUCAACUUCCUGUGUCACUGUUACUUGUCCCAGUCCUUAGGGUGCAGUCUGCUUCUGAGAGCGAGGGGGAGGCUGAGUCUGAGAGUGUGGGAGUGGGGGAGACUGAGGGAGUGGAGAAUAUAGAGGCAGAGGUGCAUGACGAAGAGCUGCCAUCUCCCCAGACCACUGGAGAGCGCUGUACACCACUGAAAGAUUCCCAGAGCAAACUGUUAGGAGAGAAACGGAAGACCAGUCCUUAUUUCAGCCGGAAGUCAAUGAGAGAUGGUCUAAGCCCUCCCAGGAGGAAAGCCUUAAGGAAGUGGACCCCUCCUCGCUCCCCCUUCCACCUGGUGCAGGAGACCCUUUUCCACGACCCUUGGAAACUCCUGGUAGCCACCGUGUUCCUCAACAAAACCAGCGGUAAAAUGGCCAUCCCGGUGUUGUGGCAGUUCUUUAAGCUUUACCCAUCAGCGGAGGAGACCAGGGGGGCAGAGUGGAAGCCCCUGUCUGUGCUGCUGAGAUCUUUGGGCCUGUAUGAACUGCGAGCCAAAAUCAUCAUCAGGUUCUCUGAUGAAUACCUGACCAAGCAGUGGCGCUACCCUAUAGAGCUGCAUGGGAUUGGGAAGUAUGGCAAUGACUCCUACAGGAUCUUCUGUGUAGAGGAGUGGAGACAGGUUGAACCCCAGGACCACAUGCUGAACAAGUACCAUGCUUGGCUGUGGGAGAACCAUGAGAGGUUGGGAAUCUGAACCAUGAGGAACUGCGAUGUCACAACCUGUUUUAUCAGUGGAAGAAUGUUCUAGUUCUUAAAUCAUUAGGCUUAUAAACUGACAUAUCGGUAUCUCUCUUGGACAACAAUUGUUACUCAACAUGAUUCUAUUAAAGAAAUUGUUUUAUCAUGUUUUAAAAGCC